AUGUCUGAACCACGAACAACCCACCCGCGACAUAUGCACUGGACUUGCCCAUUUUGCCCAAUCGAUGAUUGUAAUGUCAGUGUCAACGCAACGACUUGUCCCGAUUGUGGUUACCGACUCCAUUCUUGGCGCCCUGACACCGGGUUACCAUUAAUCGAGGCUCUGGAUGCAAAUGGUUAUACCAUCGGGGAGCUACAGUACAGCAAUGGCGUGUUUUCCUGGGACUAUAUAAAUGCCACUGUCACCACCGGUCCAACUAUGAACGAUACCAGUGCGGACCUCGAGGCCCGGUAUGGAGGGAGAACAAACGGCACGACUACCAAUGGAGCUACAACCAACGGAGGGACUACAUAUGAAGACACCGCAGACGAAGACACUGAAUAUGCGGGAAGAACAAACGGAGGGACUACGAACGGAACGAGAACCAACGGAUCAACCACGAAUGGAGCGAGGACCAAUGGGACAAGAACCAACGGGAGAACCACAAAUGGGAACCAGGGGAGGCGAUAG